AUGGAGGAAGAGCACGAUAAGAUCAAGGCUGUAUCGCAGUGCCAGAAAGGAAGCUGGACUAGUAGGGAAGGAGUUGUCAACCGGAACACCAGUUGGUCAAACCUGUGCAAAAUCCUGCAGGCAAGGCUCAGCUUCCUCAGCUGCACAACCUAUGACCUGCUCCCCUGCCCUCUGGACCUUCACCAACCAUCACCUCCCCUGGUGUCCCACCUCACCUCCUUCCCCUUCACAGGCACAAAACCUAGUCCUGGCUGGUGCGUGCGUCAGUGGCAGAAAACUGUUCCAAGUAACUUCAGCAGCAACAUCAGUUUGGGGGAAAACACAGAGUUUUUUGUGUCACUGAAGACGGACCCCGUAAUUCGAGGAAAUAGUCAAAGACUCAACCAGCCUCCGUUUGCUGCUCUUCCACUUCCUCUGAGAGCCCAGGAGAGCUGCUCUAAAAGCUUCCGCCUGUCAGUCAAAGACGUGGAUGGAGACAGGGUGCGAUGUCGCUUUGCCAGUCGUGACCAGAACGAGUGCAUCACGUGCACUCAACACUCAUUUUUACAACUGGAUGAAGAGACAUGUGUUUUGUCCUUCACUGGAGGAGCAGCAGCAGGAACAUAUUUCAUCUACCUGAUGGUGGAGGACUUCAUUCCUUUUCCCCAAUUGUGGCACGUCCCAAACAACAAAGCCCUCAGUGACGUCCCCAUGCAGCUGUCUCUUAGCGUGGAGAAUGGACUGUCCAGCUGCAGUGACAGACACACAGUCACGGACCCAAGCCCCAGAUCCGACUCAGUGGUGUACGUGCUGCCAUUCCACAUGGUCAAAAUAAGCUUCAGCUUCACCUCGCCUACAGAGAGUAUUUUGGAGAUACCAGUGAUCGGCCCCUAUGAACUCCUCAGAUAUAACUACACAGAGUCUGGUUCCAAAGUGACCCUGUCUGUGGCCUGGGUCCACACCCAAAACACGCUGCCCCGCCUGCUGCCCAUCUGUGUUGCUGCCAACACCAACAGUUUGCAGUCAGAGCUGAUAUGUGUUUGGCUGUACCAAAGUAAGUCACCUUACAAAAAACUUCAGCAGGUUUCGGUUUGAUUAUUUAUUAUUUGUUUGUUUUUGUUGUUGUUGUUUUUGUUUUGUUUUUUGGUCACAGGGAUUAAAUUAAGCCUGAUUUUCUUUCUUUCCAGAACAAACAUUGGAGCUACCUGCUGGAACAGGCUCUGAACAAAUGUCAAAAUUCUCAGGAUUUAAACUGUGUACGAGGUCUGUACGAGGUCUGUCCAAAAAGUAUCGUACCUUUUUAUUUUUUUCAAAAACUAUAUGGAUUUGAUUCAUAUG